AUGGGCAACGCUCCUUCCAUGGCAAAGCCCACCGCCCUCGCCACGUAUACCGACCUGCGCAACUCCUCCACAUGUGCUGAUACAGUCUCUGACGACGAGUGCUAUCGUGUCGUUCUUGGCUCAAAAUGGCACAAUUGGUACUGGGCUGAUAUUAUGUUCGGUCAGUCGGCGACAUGGUUCUACCUUGCGGGCAUCGGAUUUUUCACCCUCUAUCAUUUGUGGAGUCUGUUACGCAAAAGAGUCAGGUACUCCGGCUUGCAGUACAAUCUCUUCUAUAUCUGGUCGACCGCCAUGUGGGGAUACCUCAGCAGCCGGCAGCUUAGAAUCCACCGGAAUUUCGGCUAUACCCUCACCUUUGGCGAAACUGUGAUUGUGUUGGCGAUGAUUCUCUUCUUUGCCGUCAUGACGCUCGCUCCCCAGCCGUACUACUGGCCCAAUACCAUGGAUUUCGGCGGCAGCCCUCCCAUCGCAACCCGUGCGGGAUACCUCGCCAUCGCCAUCCUCCCCUUCCAAGUCAUGUUUGCUACAAAGUGGAAUCCCAUCACCAUCCUUACCGGCGUUUCCCACGAGCGGCUACAAGUAUACCAUCGGUGGUCGGGUUGGAUCAUGUAUGUGCUCGCCCUCGUCCACACUUUCCCCUUCAUUAUCGUCGACGUCGAGAUGGGCAUGAUGGAAGAGACGUGGAAGACCGACUUUUACACUUUCAGCGGGGUCAUCUGUCUCAUCCCACACACGAUUCUCGUCCUGUUUUCCAUCGCGGUCAUACGGGAUCGAUUCUAUGAGACCUUCAAGUCAAUACAUUUCAUUAUGGCUGCGUGGUUUAUCGUCAUGCUCUUCCUACACUGUGGCUUUACGUUGACCAGCGCAUACUACUUUGUCGGCUUCGCCGUUACUUACGCCCUCUCCCUCAUCGUCCGCUGGGGCAUCGUCCUCCGAAACGGCUUCCACCACCGGGCCCACAUCGACCUCCUCGACCAAGACAUGCUGCUUGUCUCCAUCCCCACCACCCUCGAGUGGAAACCCGGCCAGCAUUACUUCUUCCGUUUCCUCACCCGCGACCUGCACGCAUUGACAUCGCAUCCAUUCACUGUUGCGACCUCGCCUGCUCGACAUGCGGCGCAAGGGGAGAGCCGGAUGAAGCUGUAUAUCAAGAAACAUAGGGGGAUGACGGAGGGGUUGUUUGAGAAGGCGGAAGGGGGUGAUGUGGGUGUGGUGUUGGAUGGGCCGUAUGGAGGGAUUAAUGGGGAUUUGGGGGAUUAUGAGCGGGUGUUGUUGAUAGCAGGAGGGUCUGGCGGUUCUUUCAUCUCGAGUGCUCUGCAAGACUUGCUCGACCGACACUCGUCGAUCACUUGCAAGGAAGUGACCGUUGUGUACGCCUGUCGCACGUUGGCCGACUCUGCGUGGUUCCUCCAAUCCUUCCUCGAUUUGUCGCGGUCAUCUGACAUCAAAGUAAACCUCUUCUUCCAUGUCAGCUCGUCGGCGACUACCACCCAGAUCGAGAAAUCGCCAGCUAUGGAUGACGCCAACGAGAAAUUAAUCCAACCCCCUUCCCCCACCACCUCCCUCCCCUUCCUCACCCCCUCCCACUCCACCUCCCUACCCGCCGAAUCUACCAACAACAUCCUCCCCAACCGUCCAAACCUCUCUCAACACGUCCGCGAGCUUACGGCUUUCCACGGAACGGCCGGCGUCGCUGUCUGUGGACCGAAAGAGAUGGCGUUUGAUGUGCGAAAUACGGUGGCGGGGGAGCAGUUGAAGAUCUUUAGUGGGAAUGUGGGGUGUUCGGAGUUGUUUUUGCAUACGGAAGCUUUUGGGUGGUGA